UUAUCUCUUAUCUCAGUCUCUCAGUUGAGAUGGCGUCUUUAACGGUGGGAGCGCUGCCGAUGGCCUUUCAAUCCCUCAGCCUCUCCUCUUCUCGACUCGCAUUCCCUCGCUCUCAAAUCCUCGGAGUCUCUCUCUCCACUACAUCCGCCUCUCUCUGCCUUUUCUCCUCUCCUCCAACCUUCCCUUCAGUAAUAUACUGUGGUAGAGGCGAUAAGAGGACAGCUAAAGGAAAACGUUUCAAGCAUUCAUUUGGAAACGCGAGGCCGCGGAACAAGAAGAAGGGAAGAGGUCCUCCGAGGGUCCCAGUGCCUCCUUCUGGCCCCAGGAAAGAUAAGUUUGAUGAUGGAGAGAUUGUCAAGAUAGAAAUUGAUGAGUCUCUCUUUUCUAGUUAAGGAGCUGGUGUUGUUCCAUUUUUAUCAAGAAUGUAACUAAUUUUGGAACCUUGAUAUUGGUUUCUUUGAAACAAUAGCAUUCCCUUAUGUGAAAUGGAUGUUAGUUCCCGAUUUGAAGCUUUCGCAAUGUUAUUUGUUGUAAGAGAUUUCUAUCAUCAUUCCUAGAAAUUUUCUCACUA